GUGACGCUAUUCCCCAUUUCUGACUCACUUUUAGCUAUAUAUUGGAUCGUCCCCACUCUCUACCUCCACCACAGUAUCUUCCCCUCUCUUCAGAGCCUGUCUAUAUCUCAAAGGGACUUACGCCCAUGCUACUCGAUCCAUCUAAAAAAUACAAACCGUACACACCUAUCCACCUUCCUGACCGACAAUGGCCUAACGGCCGUAUUACAACCCCCCCAAUAUGGUUAUCGACCGAUCUUCGUGACGGCAACCAAGCUCUAGUAAACCCAAUGACCAUCGCCCAGAAAACUCGAUUUUUUCGUGAACUCGUGAGAGUUGGUGUCAAGGAAAUCGAAGUCGCGUACCCUGCUGCCAGUGAUACAGAUUUUGGCUUCGUCCGUGGAUUGAUCGAGAAUGGAGAAGUACCGGAUGAUGUUCUUACCCCUGCUCGAGCCGAUCUCAUCAAACGUACCAUUGACUCUGUAGCGGGUGCGAAAAAGGCCAUCAUACAUAUGUAUAAUGCAACCUCUCCAGUUUGGAGAGAAGUUGUUUUUAGACACAGCAAAGAGCAAACUCUCGCUCUAGCUGUCGAGCACACCAAACUAGUUCGCCAGUUGACCGACGAGGUCUCUAAAACUCAUGGGACCAAGUUCAGGUAUGAAUACAGCCCCGAAACUUUCACCCAAACCGAGCCGGACUUCGCCAUUGAAGUUUGCAACGCGGUGCUCGACGCUUGGGGGAGGGCUGAUGGUGGGGAGAACCGUAUCAUCUUCAACUUGCCAGCAACCGUCGAAAUUGCUACGCCUAACCAUUACGCCGACCAAAUAGAAUACUUCUGUCGUAAAGUUAACCAACGUGAGAACAUCGUCAUAAGUCUUCAUCCACAUAACGAUCGAGGCACUGGUAUUGCUGCUGCCGAAUUAGCCUUAAUGGCUGGAGCAGAUAGAAUCGAAGGCUGUCUCCUCGGAAACGGGGAGAGGACAGGAAAUGUCGACCUUGUCACGCUUGCUUUGAAUCUCUAUACUCAAGGGAUCCACCCAAAUCUUGAUUUUUCGGAUAUCUACUCCAUUGUGGAAACCGUUACAGAUUGUAACGAGAUUCCGGUACAUCCCAGGCACCCAUAUGCUGGCGAACUCGUCUUCACAGCAUUCUCCGGUUCGCAUCAGGAUGCGAUCAAGAAAGGUUUCGAAAAGCGAGAGAAUGCUUUGAAGGCGACAAAACAGGAAACGCUUUGGGACAUCCCUUACCUUCCUAUUGAUCCUGCGGACCUUGGUUGCACCUACGAGGCAGUCAUUCGCGUCAACUCUCAGUCGGGCAAGGGCGGCAUUGCCUACCUUAUCAAACAAGCUUUGCAUCUCGACCUGCCUCGUCGCCUCCAGAUCGCGUUCUAUCAGGUUGUGCAGUCGAUUUCAGAUAAGACCGCGAAGGAAAUGACUGUCGAGGAUAUCACCAAAGCGUUCAAGGACACCUUCAGUCUUGGAUCCAAUUAUUCACGCCGUCUUGUGCUCAAGUCCUUUGCACUGACUGAACUCAGAGAGUCUAGUCAAGAUGAUUCUGAUUCUGACGAGGCGUCCGAAGGGAGAAGGUUUGAGGGUCAAAUAGUAGUGGAUGGGGGUGUAAGAGUGAUCCGGGGCGAAGGAAAUGGUCCUUUGUCUGCUCUCCUUGCGGCGCUGCGGUCACAUUUUGACAUAGAUCUCAUUAUCCGAGAGUACUCCGAACAUGCCAUUGGCGAAGGCACUGGCGUCAGGGCUGCUUCGUACGUCGAACUGGUUACUCCGGAUAUGGACUUGAAGGAUAAGGCUCGCGCCGGAACUUGGGGCGUCGGUAUUGACCGUGAUAUCGUAGCCUCAGGUCUUAAUGCCGUCCUGGGUGCCGUCAGCAAAUUCAUUGGUGACCGCCCAUUGCCUGAUAUCUCCCUCUCUGUUGGUAUCAACAGUCCGUCAAGCCAGGCCGAUAUUGCGUCCAUCAUACUCAACAACCUCGGUUACGACAUUCCACGCCGUAUGGAAGCUCAUUUUUACAAUGUUGUUCGUAUUGCUGCCAAGUCAUCUGGGUGGUCAAAAGUCAGCAGCGAGCAGCUAGCAGAAUUAUUUGAGAAGACUUACCCCCAAGCUGAUGAAAACACGAGGUUCAAACUGAAGAACCACAACCUCACCAAGAUUGAUGAGACACGUCGACGAUUUAGUGGGGCCAUCAUCUUCGACGGAGUCGAAAAAACGGUUUCCGGUGUUGGAAAUGGCCCUCUCUCUGCUAUUCUUGAUGCGAUUCAGCCCCACUUAAACACUCCGACACCGUUGUCUAUUCGCGAAUUCUCAGAGCAUUCGAUUGGAGAAGGUUCUGAGGUACGGGCAGCAUCGUAUGUUGAGCUUACGACGGAGAUUGAAGGGAAAAAGGCGGGUGUAUGGGGAAUCGGUACCGACGUUUCGAUAACGUCCAGUGGAUGGAAGGCUGUACUUAAUGCUGCCGGCGGUUUUACCGCGUUGACGAAGGUAAAAUUGGUGAACGGAACAUCUUGAUUUGAGUGUUUACCUCCUGGUGGAGCGUAUAGUACAGCAUGUCUACAGAAGAUUUAACCCCAAGUAUCCAAGCUAGUCCAGACCCACGGUGAAUGUUUUGGCGUUCGAGUGCUAAGAAUCGAUGA